AUGUCUAAACUUGCUUCCCGCUGGGCCACGGAAGAAACGCUUGUUAAGGAGGCGUUGGAGCAGGACUCACACGUCAAGCACACUAAAGAAUCCGGCAGCGGCUCCGGCAGCAGCGAAAACCAAGUUUCCACAGAUAAUCAGGUGCCACUUGUGUCUAAAUGGGCAUCUUCACCUUCUCCACCAUCUUCUCCUAAACACAAGAAGAAUCACCGGACCAGUCACAAGCUUCCGUCUCCUCCACUUACUGGAGAGAGUGACAAGCACGAUGAGAGACCCAGAAGACGGCGUGCAGAGGGCAAGGAUGGUGAAGGUUCUGGAUCUAAAGAUACAAGAGAGUCUAGAAGGAAAGAGCCUGAAUCCAAGGGUAAGGAGCCCAUGAGCGAGUUUGCCAAGGCUUUUGCCGAUCGCUUGGAUAUGGAUGGCCACGGCCACAAUGAGAAAUCACACCGCAGUCGUCGGAAAUCGAGAAAUGACCACGAAGACAGACAUGAGAGGCACGACAAGACUGAGAAGGAAAGGUCCGAUAAACAUGACAAACACGACAGAAGUAGGACUGAGAAACAUGUAAAGGGUCAUCUAGAAGCACAUGAACCCAAGCAUGUUGAUCAGGGUGACAUACUUCACGAAAAGGGACCAAUGACAGACGCGGCCAGAUCAUUGGCUCUUCGUAUAGGAGCUCCAGACAAGGGUGACAAAAAACAGUCCAAGUACAUGACUCCAAGACAGAAGAAGGAAUUGGCAGCCAGAAUUGAGAGGGAGAAGAAGGAACACAAGAAAAUCGAGGAAGAUAAGGAGAGACAGGCCCAAUUGCAGAAGGAGGUACAAGAGAUGUUUGAUAAGAUGAGUGAUAAAUCGACAAGCUGGGCGGACAUUGAGGAUGAAUAG